UUCCUUUUUUGGAGAAGUCAUCAACGAAAGGAAAUAUCAGUCAAUUUGCAGGAGGCACAGUAGCUAUCGAUUCUUAUUGUUGGUUACACAAAGGGGCAUUUUCAUGUGCAGAAAAAUUAGCUCACCAACAACCAACGACUGCAUCUCGGAACCUUGCACAACACAAGUCUGAAUUCUACCCAACGGCAUGCAGAAGUACGAGCAAGCCUCUCUGUGAAAUUUGCAACAUCGAGUCAAUAUGAAGAUACACUGCAUAAAGUUGAACAUAGCGACUGAAUUUUCUGAAUUCUCUUUGCAAGUCAAACUGCGUUAGUAAAGCACCGUCAACUUCAGUUUAAUUUGGAGACUUCCAACAUACAGGAUGGACUUUGAGGAUUCUGAAGAUUCAAAUAAAUUUAUAAUAGACCUCAAAAUAUUAUAGUCAUUUAUUGUUUUGUAACUUUUCAAUUUUCAUCUCAAUAAUUCAAUUUUCAUAUGAUGCGUCCUUGCUUGAAUGGAUAAAUCAUAUCAAUAAGUAAAAUUGAGGUGUAGGGAAAUCAAUUACACUUUCUUAAAAUCUAAAUUAAUUAUGCUCCUUAAAUUGUUCAUAGAUAUGUGACUUACUGUUUGAAGUUUGUUAAUAUGCUACUAGCAAAUAACAUCAAACCAAUUCUUGUAUUCGAUGGAUGUCAUUUGCCUGCUAAAAAAGAUACAGAAUCCAAAAGACGAGAACUGCGAGACACAAACCGUAGAAGAGCUGCUCAAUUGAUACGGUCCGGUCAAACGGCAGAGGGAAGAAGUCUACUGAGGAGAUCCAUUGAUGUAUCACAUGAAAUGGCAUUGAACUUAAUAAAAGCCUGCCAUGAACUCAAUGUGGAUUGUAUUGUAGCACCAUAUGAGGCUGAUUCCCAGCUUGCGUAUUUGAACAUUUCUGGAAUAGCAGAUGUUGUGAUUACAGAAGAUAGUGACCUCACAUUAUUUGGAUGCAAAAAGAUUUUCUUCAAAAUGGAUCUUGUAGGUAAUGGGGUCCUCGUAGAACAAGAACGUUUCUAUCUGGACAUGGGUGUGCGUUCUGAGCAUUUUGAUAUGAACAAAUUUCGUCACAUGUGUAUCCUGUCAGGAUGUGAUUAUUUACCUUCUUUACCAGGCAUAGGCUUAAGCAAAGCAUGUAAAUUCAUCAAAAUGACUACCGAAACAGACAUACACAAGGCUCUCAACCGACUAUCAUCAUACUUGAAUAUGAAGUCUUUGGAUGUAUCUAAAGAGUAUAGGGAUGCAUUUGUGCGGGCAGAUAUCACUUUUAAACACCAGCUCGUAUUUUGUCCAUUCAAAAGAAAACAAGUACGUCUUACACCACCAACUCCAGAUGUUACCCUGGAACAAUUGCAUUUCGCAGGCAAAGAGAUGCCUGAGGAUUUGGCAUGGCAAUUAGCAAUUGGAAAUUAUGAUCCUAUGACAUUGAAAAAGCUUCACGAUUAUGAUCCUGACACUUAUAAAUCUGGAAAGGUUAUACAAAGGACCAAUUCUUGGGAAACAAAACCAAUCGUCAAACACAAGAGUAUCUGGUCUGCGGACUUCAAAAUUAAGAGAACGACACCUGAAACAAAUGAAACGACCACAUUAUGGCCCAACACUCAUGGAAAAGUGAAUAUGCUCAAAACAACUGGUAUCAUUCAAAAGUUAUUCUCACCCAAACGCAAUUAUGAAGAAGUCACAGCUAUGGAACCAGAUGGUCUGCUGAAAUUUUAUAUGGAUACCGAAGUUGAAAACAAUAAGCGGUUCUGUACUGAUGUGGAUGUAUCUGCUCUUCAGCUAGAUACGUGUUCGCCAGAAAAGAUGGAAAAAUCGCCCAUUUUAGUGAGGAGAGCAAAUCCAUUUGUGAAGAAGACUCAUUCUAAUCAAGUUUCACCGAGUGUGCUCGAUAAGGGAAAACAACGCUCAAAAUUCCGCAAUUUGACAAGGUUUCAGCCAACUGUGAUAGAGAGUAACGUUAUAACACAAAGUAAAUUCUUUGCAACCACGACUGAUCCUCAGCUUAAACAGGAUUCUUUGGAUUCUGAUAAAUUGGAAAAUCCUGCUGCUGAAGUACUAAAUUAUGCUCAUGAAACCGAUAAUUCCAAUGGUAGCGAGGUAGUUGCAGUCAUAAAUGAAUCUACAUGCAUAUCUGAUUCUAUAUGUGAGAAACAGCUGGCUGAUGCUUCCAGUGCCUUAUCUAAAGUUGACAACAGUUCGAUUCCAGCGAUAGAUACAUCGAACUGUGACGAAAUUUGUAGAAAAGAGGAUUACGUAGCAGUAGUUGACACUAGAAUUUUAAACCAUGUAGAUAGCUUACACAACUUACAGCCUGAUUCCACAAGACCUAAUUUGUCUCAAUGGUCAAAUACCAAAACUACGGACUGUGCCACGUUCGUUGCAAUGAAUCCUGUAGAGAGCCCAAAUAAUGGAAGGACAUUUCGAGGGAUGCAGGGAGCAGCCAAAUUGGUAAAGAAUGACGUAUCUCGAGCACGUGUAAAUAAGAAGUUUCAACCAGUAAAGAAAAAAUCCCAAAUACAAGGACAGCAAUGUCUGCUUAGCGCGUUUGGUUUUCAAAAAAAAACUGGGCUUCAGCACUGAAGCUGUAAAUAACGAAAGUGCAUAGUAUGUGCCAAAAUAUGGAUGACAGGUUCAUGUAUAUGUUUUUAUGAAAGUCAAAGCAAUGAUUCACAUUGAUAAUAUUUUCUUAUUUCACAGUAA